AUGGCAGCGAACGGCGCGUCAGCCGAUCCGACUGCGAUCCUCGAUCGUCCCGCUGUCGCACACGAUGCUCUGCCAUCCUUAUCCGGACCCCUCGUCAGUCCGAUGGGCGCUAGGCUGUACAAGGCCCAAUUCGCUCCUCUGUACGAUUUCCGGCUGCGCAUGCUGCGAAAGAAAGUCCGCGCAUUCGCCCAGGCACGGUGGGAAAGCCAGGGCACGACGACGGCUAGCCAUCAAGCCGGCACAAAUCGUAGCGCGGACGUCAAGGGGAAAGCGAAAGCAAGGCCGAGCUCCUCGCUGAGAGAGCAGGCACAUGCAAAAUUCGUUUCGCGCGUGUUGGACGUGCAGCAGGGGGAUGUGUGCUACAUCAUCGGGACGGUCUACUGCAGCAUGCUGCUCAAGCCAGACGUGCUGGAGGAUCUGACCCGAGAUCAAUGGCUACCACCGCAGCCGGUUCGAACGAAAUACUUUGACGCGGACAAGGACGAGAUAUUUCUAGAAGACGAAUCCGGCCGUGUGCGAUUGACAGGCCAGGCGCUCCUUCCAUACUCGCGGGGUGGUGCCAAUCUGCGCAACCAGAUUGUCACCGGCGUCGUCAUCGGUGUGCUUGGCACAGAGACCAAGAACGGCGAUUUUGAAACCGCGGACAUAGUUUUUCCAGAUGGCAGCAGUGCUUUGAACGCGCCGUCGGAGGAAGAGCAGAACACCGAGAUGCUCGCGGACAUCCAUGUGUCGGAUGACCAGUGGAUCGCACUUGUUAGCGGCUUGGAGGUCGGAGCGGAUGAACAAGUCGCUGGAGAGCCAGACGCAGAUGCAAAUGGCGAAGGCACGUCGCUGCGACCUGAUUCGGAGCUCAGGCUACUCAUGCUCUCCGAGUGGCUCUCGGGGCAACUGGGCGAGGAUGAAGAUCGCAAGGAGAGCAGGAACAUCGUCAGCUUAAUUUUGGCUGGCAAUUCGCUUGCUGAGCCAGUUCGAUCGGAUGACGAGAAGCGCGGCACUCGCAAAGCACUCGCAGCCUCGAAACCGCUGACAGAAGCACCAACACCACCCAAGAUCUUCGACACAUACCUGUCAGACAUGGCCGCUACGAUGCGCGUGCAUCUCCUGCCAGGCGAAAAGGAUCCAGCGCCAGUUGUCCUGCCGCAGCAGCCGAUCCACCAUGCCCUGCUGCCUAAGAGUGCGAGAUGGAGUCUGCUGAAGCGCGAGACGAACCCGGCAUGGUUUGGCCUGGGUGGAAAGAAACUCCUAGGCACAUCCGGCCAGAACAUCGACGACAUCUUCAAGUACAUGGAAGAAGGGCAGGACUCGCGGCUCAGGAUGGCGUUCCAGACACUUCGAUGGGGCCAUGUCGCACCCACCGCCCCAGACACACUUUGGUGUAUCCCUUUUACUGACCGCGACCCUUUUUUGCUGUUGGAACGUCCGGAUAUCUACUUUAUCGGAAACCAGCCUCGUUUCGCCACCGGCCUUUACGCACCGGCAAUGGAAAAGAGUGAGGCGCGACCGACGCGCGUCGUGCUCCUUCCUCGGUUCUGCGAGACGGGCGAGGUGGCGCUAGUCAACCUGCGUACGCUUGAAUGCAAAGUCGAAAAGAUCGAGGUCGACCUCUGAUUGAUGAGGACGGCGCGUAACUCUAGAAUCGACGAUGCCAAGGCGUUUCUACUCUCGCUCAAAUGUACACAUUACACGCUUUGUGUAAUGGCAAUACGAUUGCGAUGAUGAUAAUGGUAUCG